AUCUACACGCAGGUACAGACACAGGACCAGGUUCGGGCUCAGGCGGAACUUUUGAAGCGUCAGGAGGAGCUGGAGAAGAAGGCUGCGGAGCUCGACCGGCGGGAGAGAGAGAUGCAGUCUCUCAGCGCCUCAGGAGGAAGGAAAAACAAUUGGCCUCCUCUUCCGGAGCAGUUGCCGGUCGGGCCCUGUUUUUACCACGACAUCUCCGUGGACAUACCUGUGGAGUUUCAGAAGACGGUGAAAAUCAUGUACUAUCUCUGGAUGUUCCACACGGGGACGCUGUUUGUGAACAUUUUUGGGUGCCUGGCCUGGUUCUGCGUGGACGCCACGCGGGGCGUGGACUUCGGCCUGGCCAUGCUGUGGUUCAUGCUCUUCACCCCCUGCUCCUUCGUCUGCUGGUACAGACCCCUGUAUGGAGCCUUCAGGAGUGACAGCUCCUUCAGAUUCUUUGUCUUCUUCUUUGUGUAUAUCUGCCAGUUCGGCGUGCACGUGCUGCAGGCCAUCGGCAUCACAGGCUGGGGAGCGAGCGGCUGGAUCUCGGCGCUCACCGGCCUGAAUAAGAGCGUCCCGGUGGGCAUCAUCAUGAUCCUCAUCGCCGCCCUCUUCACCGCCUCCGCCGUCAUCUCGCUCAUCAUGUUCAAAAAGGUGCACGGGCUGUACCGGACCACCGGCGCCAGCUUCCAGAAGGCGCAGCAGGAGUUCGCCACGGGCGUGAUGACCAACAAGACGGUCCAGACGGCCGCGGCCACCGCCGCCUCCGGUGCCGCCCGGGGAGCCUUCAAAGGAGAGCAGAUCUGAGCCGCCCCAAAGCGCGUCGCCACCGUCCACCGCCCCAGCCCCGCCCCUCCCCUACCCCUGACCCCGUCCACUCCAGACACCCGACUCCGCCCUCAUGGCUAAUCCAGUACACUCCAGUGACUCCACCCUCACCCCCCCCCCCCCCCCCCCCCCCCUCUCUCAGCAUGCCUGUCCCGUUGUCGUUCUCUCCUUCACGCGCGUGCACGGGCCGAGAGAUGGGCGUGCCAAACGGUGUGUUCCCCCGAAACAGUGUAAAAAGGGUG